AUGAAAACGAAAAAUGAAGUUAUUAUGAAAUGGUUUACGCCAAUAAAAAGAAACAACUCGAUUAAGCAAAAAUUAUUAAUGUUCUUCUUUGUAUUGUUUGUAUGUGCAUUUUCUCAGUGUACAAAGCAACUUUGCACACCACAUCAGGCAUUCGGAGAAAUGAGAAAAGCCAAAAUUACUAAAGUUGAUGCUCAGAAACUCUUUUCCAAAAUAAGUGAGUAUUUGGGUGCUUAUGUCUUUUAUGACAUCAUCAAGUCUCCACCACAACCAUCUGGCCAUCCAGACUAUCACAAACCUUUUGAUGUGGAAGCAGAGAUUACUAUUAUUAACAAUUUUAUAUUAAAUUCUGGAGAUUCAUUUCCAAUAUUGGAUUUGUUUGUAAAAAUUCACAAAUUGGUUGCUUCACCAAAAGACCUUCACCUUGGUAUUAAUUUCUACCCAAAUGUAACCAACCACAAACUUGGUGAUUACCUUGUCAUCAACCCAUGCACAUUUUCAAUAAAAAACAACCAAGUGUUUGUGAAAGUUCCAAAAACAAUUGGUGGACUAUCUCCAGACUAUUACUUUGAUGAUAAUUUUAUACAUUUCUUAAAGAGUAGAGAAAAUGUAGAACUUAUUGAAAUUAACAAUGAAAAUGCAAUUCAAUUUAUUAAAAAUUAUGCAGACAAGUAUUAUAAAAUGAAAAAUGUAAACUCUGCUGUUACAUUACUUAAAAAUUCAUUUACAUUAUCUGCUUACUCAAUCUUUGCAUUUAAAGAGGAAGAUCUUAAUUUUACAUUCAAAUUUAAAGAUGAAUCAAUGAAAAACUUUACAUCAGUCUUUUUCGAUACAAAGAAAAAGGCUCUGAAAUUUGAGAAGUUUACAACAGCAUAUAACAAACUUCAAAACAACAAUUUAAAGCAAAAUAAUUUACCACAUAAUGAUCUAUUAAUGUCUUCGAAUUUUAUAAACAAUGAAGACUUCACUGAUUAUAUUAAUUUAAAUGGUAAUAUUAAAAAAGAAUCUCCAAGUGAUUUAUUUAUUUAUUCAAUUCCAAAAGUGCUCUCAUGUGGUCAAAGAAAUGUCAACAAUCAGAAAAUGUAUUUCCUUGUUAUAAACUCGUUUUACACCCCAAAUCAAAGUGAAUACAUCGAAACUUUUGAUAAAUGUAAAAAGCUCUUUGAUGAGAGUACAGAUCCAAUUGUCAUUAUUCUUCAAAGAAAUCCAGGUGGGUUUGUUGAUUUGGAAAGUUAUUUGCAAGACUCUUUGGCUCCGUACAGACUUUCUAAAGUCCAUGUUGCCUCGCGUAUUGACGACUCAACUGAAAAGGCAAUAAGAAAUGGGAUUGGUUCUUCUUUUUUGAAUCCAAAGACACGUGAAAGACGUGUACCACAACAACGUGAACCAUAUGAAGGAGAUUUGGGAACUUGGUAUGACGAUCCAAUAGAGGAUUGGUUUAAUGAAUCUCAAUUUAUGAGAACACAAAAGUCGAUUUUUGAAAAGAAAUAUGAGCAAAAGUCCACUAUGACUAAUGUACGAGAUCAAAAG